GGGUUUAGUCAGGACAUUUGGUUGUUGGGUAAUAAAGAUUUAAGUUGUGUUAAGUGGCCUCACACAGCUUGAGUUGACCCCUGGAAUGGAGGACUUCCACAUCUGUCCAGUGACCAACUACUACAAAAGGGUGCUUCUACCGGUGUCCUACAGCCUCGUGUUUCUGCUCGGUCUGGGUUUAAACAGUGCCCUGCUGUGGCGUGUGCUCGGCCGGACGCGCCGCAGGAGCAGCACGGUGGUCUACAUGACCAACCUGGCCGUGGCGGACCUCCUCUACGUGCUGUCCCUGCCUCUGCUCAUCGUCGCAGACGCCAUGGGUGGCAUGUGGCCCUUCGGCAACAUCCUCUGCAAAACAGUCCGCUUUUUCUUUUUUGUCAACCUCCACUGCAGCAUGCUGUUUCUCACCUGCGUCAGCGUCCACCGUUUCCUCGGCGUGUGCUACCCCAUCGCCGCCGUGCGCCUCAGGACCAAAAGACGGGCCGUCUUUGCUUCAGGGCUCGUUUGGACUCUAGCCAACGCGGAGAUUCUACCCACUCUCCUGUUUGCGCACACGGGCGUGAUCAACAACAUGACCGUGUGCUUUGAAAUGACAAACCCGGGGCAAUUUCAAGUUUACUUUCCAUAUGGGCUGUUUUUGGCGAUAGCGGGGUUUCUGGUCCCGUUCAUAAUUGUUGUCACCUGUUACUGCUCCAUGAUUAAGGCGCUCUACUGUAGGGCCGCGGACAGAAUAUUUAACGCCGAGACGGUGCGUGUGCGCAAAAAGUCCCUGCACACUCUCCUAAUCGUGUGCCUCGUGUUCGUGGUGUGUUUCUUGCCUUAUCACAUCGCUCGACUCGUCUACUUGUUCGUGAGGGUCUACAUGCCAGGAAACUGCAAUUUUUUGAACGUGGCCAUGAUUUCAUUUAAAGUUUGGAAACCGGUGGUCAGUUUUAACUGCUGCGCAAAUCCUCUCCUCUACUUUUGGGGAUCUGACCGGAACCGUCGGGAGCUCCGGACCUGGCUGUGGAAGAGGAGGACGAGAGUGGAGCCCGUCGUGAGUCUAGUGGAUGAGGACAGUAUGAAGAGGUCCUCAGGAUAGGGAGCAUCCAAUUCACCAGGAGAGUUAUUUUACAGGCUGCAGUGACACCGACAACAAGGACUGUAAAAAACACUCUCUAAAAGAUAUCUCUUAUAAGUAAUUUUAUUAAAUAUAAAAAAAUAUUUGCCAACAUUCAA